CCAACGCGCAACUGAGCCAUUGCAUGCUAUAUUACGGUACUUCCUAUUACUACAUAGCAGUAGAAGUCACUUUUGAUUGAGUCUGAGCUCGGUCAAAAUUUCUUAGGGGAACCGAAGUGGGCCACUCAUCCGUGACCGUGACCGUUGACAACCUGCUCCUUGUAGCAGUGACUGCGUUCGAAAAGCUUAGCUCAAGAACGCAAUAAUUGAGGUUAAAUAGACAACAUUAGUUGAAACGCCCGAGUAGGCCUUCUACGACGACGUCCCUCGUCAUGAUGCAGCAACUAGUGCACAACAGCCCGCUGUCCAGCAGGAGAAGCAUAUGCAAUACCUUAUAUAGCUGUUCAGCUUCGUCGGUCUUGCUCAGGACUCGGCCAGGAUACCUUCGCGCGUCGCCGGUCUCUGCUGUCAGCAGCAGCAGCAGCGAUGGGCCACGCGAAGCUGCAGCUGCUGGCACUUCGUCACAGCGACCUGCCCCCUCACGUCAACAGGGACCAUCCGCAACAACAUCAAGAACGAAUGCAGAAGGCUCAGAAACAGGUCCUAACAUAACUUGGCGAGCAGAGCAGCAGCAGCAGCAACAACAACAACAACAACAACAACAGCAAGACCCUCAGCAGCAGCAACAAUCUCACAGUCCUGGCGGCUGCGCUUGCUGCAACUGUCGACCGAGGGGAUCUGGACUGCGAGAGCCGGUGCGCAUCAUCACGCAUGUGAAGGGUGUCGUGUUGGAAGUUGAAACGGCGGACGGCAACGUCGUCUACUUUGACGAAGAUGAGGAGGAAGAGGAGGGAGAAGGGCGAGUCGGUCAGAAUGAAAAAGACCUAAGCAAAGCCUUAGGCGGCGAUGUGUAUGUGGUUGUUGACAACAGCAACGGCAGUGCUAGCAGCGGUGUAGUUACGAUAGAAGUGGAGGACAGUGCUCAACGCAGCCGCACAGGUGCCAGUGGCGGAUGGAGUGGGGGUGGUCGCUACGGAGGUAGUGGAGGUGUGCGGAGGGGGCCGCUGGUUUACGUACCGGAUGCGGUGAUUCCGCCUCCGUCUCAGUGACAAAGGGCGCGCUACAGCGCGGAGGAGGGUGCUAUCGCUGGCAUGCGUCGACCCUGUUACGUUACCCUGUUGUACAUGUAGAUGAUGGAAACGGUGUGGACCGAAAUGCUUAUCCUGCAUUCCUGAUUGUUGUGCAGGCGUGCUGGUGCUCGUGGGUUUUGCACGUGGAGAGCAGCAUUGGCUGGUCUGGUUUUAACAUCGUUGUAGCCACUUAAGUUGCACAUAAGAGUUACCUUUGCCAGGUAAGCGGCAGAAACUAAGACCCAAACUUGCAUGCGGGAUGUUGUGCAGGCUGCGGCCUCCAGUUAAUGGCCCUCCAUGGCCUCCCUGCGUGUCACGGCGUGUAAGACUGUGAUGGCAGCA